AACAACUAUAUCCGGUCAUAAAUUUUCGUAGCUGCACGGCAGCAUAUCACCUUACCUAUCACAUCGCGCAUGAGAUACAUCCGGACAAUGCAUUUUCUUUUUACGGCCGGUGUCUGACCUAAAUUUAAAUGUCCAACAUUUCCUUAAUUAUCAUCGUUUACUGCGUAUAUAAGAACUGGUGGUAAACGAGUGUAAAAAUUAAUUGGCAUUAAAUCAUCAAACACUGCGUAGAAAACAAAGUAAAGCUCUAUACUAAUUGACUUUAUUGUCUACUAAAAAUGUUAUCGAUACUCUGCAUCUUAAGUAUUAUUGCAAUACAUGAAUUGUCAGCCGACGAGUCAGUUCAACAAAUCCCAAAAAUCGUGGGCGGUAAACCUGCCGAUGAAGGUCAAUUUCCUUAUCAAGCAUCUCUUCGUUAUAAAAAUCAUCACUUCUGUGGAGGUUGCGUGAUAAAUAAAAGAUGGAUCGUCACAGCUUCUCAUUGCUUGUCCGGUCUUAAUGACGAGAUUAUCACGGUUGUAUUGGGCACAAACACUUUAGACAAAGGCGGUGAUCAGUACUUCUCGAUCAAAAAACGGAUACAUCCUUACUAUAAUUCCAUUCUCAUCAGGCAUGACAUCGGAUUAAUUAAAGUGAACAAAGAUAUCGUUUUUGGAGACAAAGUGAAACCGAUUGCUCUGCCCACCAAAAACUUUGACAAAUCCGAUUAUCCGGCCAUAUUGUCGGGCUGGGGCACUACUAAUUAUCCGGGAGAAACGCCGAACAAUUUACAGCAUAUCCAGCUCAGGGUCAUCAAUCAAAAGCAGUGCGUAACUAGCAGCUUUCGCAUAACCAACAAUAAUAUCUGCACACUCAACAAACAGGGCGAAGGCGCCUGUCACGGUGAUUCUGGCGGUCCUCUGGUAGCCGAUAACGAGCUGAUAGGCGUAGUGUCCUGGGGAACACCUUGCGCUAAGGGACUUCCAGAUGUAUUCACGCGAAUCUAUUCCUAUCGGACUUGGAUCGACAAAUGUAUCCAAGAGAAUAAAUCCGAAUAAAUGGAUUGCGAACAUUUUUAUAACAAUUACAAUUUUGCACAUAGCAAUGAUAAAUAUAUUCUCUAUCAAGAAUUAAUCCUCAUUCUGAUAGACAAUAAAAGAUUAGAUAGUUGUCAAAUAAACGAGUUAAUGGUAUAAUUUCAUUUCA